AUGGCGUCAAGAUCCUACAACAUCCCUACACAUCUCCCCAUCUUGCCGUGAGUCACCCCACCGGCGACCGUCGGCCUCACCACGCACCAGGUCGUGUGGGGGACGACGCGUCAGCCAGCAGCAUCGACCGCUCGUCGCCGCUUAACGUUGCCUCGUACGAUCAUACAGGUUGCCGGAGACGCAGGUUUUGUACCCUUCACUCGUCCUUUCGAUCCAAGUCGUCUCGAAGCAUUCAGUUGCGUUGCUGCAAAAUGUGCUCAGGGUGAGUUGACUGCUCCUGUCCGUUUGUCGUCAUCCCCCGUCCGUCGAUGGCAGCAACGUUGGCUCGUGAUCUUGGCCCCGCCCGGCCUGGUCACGCCACCGAACGCCGGACAGACGCUUCUUCGACCAUCGACGCGUAAAGUCCAGUCUCCGAAUAGCUCAACUGUUUCUGCUUCAUUCAUAUCCUCCUUCUUCAACAGGAAGCCGAACAGAACUCAGGCAACAAGCCCCUCAUCAUCGGUGUCGUACCCCUGAAGGACACGUCCUCGCCAACAACCGGACCACCGGCUAGGCCAACUCCGAACCCGACGUCCAAUCGGCGCGACCCUUACCGAACACCUCCUCAGUCCGAUGACGAGUCGGAUAACCAAAACAAGUCCAAUUCGGCCAAAUCCAGGGCGGUUGUCUUGCACAAGAGUAGUGCUGCACAGGGCAAGCCACCCAUCGCCGACCUCUUUGGAUGCAAGUCUUUCAAGCCGGUGUCGGCCUAAAAUCACAUACACUAUGAUACUUGCUGACGCGAUCCUUUGCCAUUUUUUACAGAUGGUGUGGCGGCUCGUAUUGUGCGACUCGAACGACUGUCUUCAGGCGGUUUCAUCGUCGUUCUCGAAGGAUUGGCCCGCAUCGUUCUGCACAUGGACGACUUUGGACCCUCGACGUUGCCGUUCCACGAAACGACGGUCACGGUCCUCAAGUCGACCCCCCUUUCUUCCUCCUCGCCUCUCCUCGAAGCGUUGCAGGCUAUCGCGAAUCAGGUCUUGACUUCACUCUCGGCCAUCGCGCCUCUGUCACUGCUUCUCAAUCGUCGACUCAAGUCGCUCAUCGGAUCCCUGACACCCGAGACCGCGCCCACUCUUGUCGACGCUCUCAUUGGCUCGAUCCCCACAAACUCCACUACCGGAUUGCUCUUCAGCGAUCGACUCGCCAUUUUGUCCACCUUGGGAGGUGACGAUCGAGUUGCGCAGGCGAUCGAAAUUCUCGGCCGGGUCGACGAAUCGCUCAACCUCAAAAAGAGGAUCGGCGACAAGGUCGACCAGAACACGAGCCGACGACAGAGGGAGUACCUCUUGAUGCAGCAACUCAUCGCCAUUCGACAAGAACUGGAAGAGUUGGCCGCGAAUGACGUCAAGAAUGGUCGAGCGUCGUCUUCACCUUUGAGUCGACUCCGGGGUGGUCCAGGAGACAAGAAGAAGAGUCCGGUCGACGACGAUGAUGACGACGAGGAGAACGAGGAGAACGAGAUGGCCGAGCUGGAGAAGAAGAUCAAGGCCAAAGCCUGGACUGAGGAAUCGCGCAAGGUCGUUAUGCGCGAGUUCAAGCGGUUGAAGAAAUCGCCCCCUCAAGGUGCCGAGCAUGGCGUCAUUCGCAACUACGUCGAGUGGCUAUUGGCUUUGCCAUGGAACGAGUCGACGCCUUUGCCGCUGUCCAGGGACUUUAUCGAACAGGCUAGGAAGAAGCUUGAUGAUGAUCACUAUGGACUGGAGAAGGUCAAGAAGCGGUUGUUGGAAUGGCUCGCUGUGCUGAGACUCAAGCAGGAGCAGUGGGAGGUCGACAAUGCGGCUGCCGUCGCUUCGCUAGAACAGGCGCAGUUGACCGAUGGCACGCCCGCGAGAGGUUUCAAUGAGGACGCCGUGGACUCGACGGUGGGUCAGGUCGUCGCCUCGACCAACGACAGUGCACCUCCACCUACAGCCGCCCCGUCCGUGCCUGCUCCUUCAAGGCAGAACGUCGUCGCUAAGCCACGCGACAAGGGCCCGAUCCUUCUUCUCUGCGGCCCUCCCGGAACGGGCAAGACCUCGAUCGCCAAAUCGCUCGCUUCGGCGAUGGGUCGCAAGUUCCAACGCAUUUCGCUGGGUGGUGUCCGGGACGAAGCCGAGAUCCGUGGACAUCGUCGUACCUACGUCGCUGCGUUACCGGGUGCGAUCGCUCAGGCGUUGCGCAAGUGCGGGACGAAUAACCCUGUCAUUCUGUUGGACGAGAUUGAUAAGCUUGGGUCUUCGAACACUCAUGGUGAUCCUGGAGCGGCGCUGUUGGAGGUGUUGGACCCGGAGCAGAACUAUUCGUUCGAGGAUCAUUACUUGGGAAUCCCGUAAAACCAAUCCACAUACUCAUCUCGCUUCAGAAUCAGUAUGACUGACCUUCUUUGACGAAUCUACAGCUUGGACUUGUCGAGCGUCUUGUUCAUCGCCACGGCCAAUAGCCUCGACACGAUCUCGGAACCGUUAUUUGAUCGAUUGGAAACGAUCGAACUGUCCGGUUACGUGGUGAGUGUAUCGCAUAAAGUAUGUCCAGGGUUGGUUGCAGCCCUAAUCGAGCGUCCCUUCUUUAUCCAGCACUCGGAGAAGCUGGCGAUCGCAAAGAAGUACUUGAUCCCCAAACAGGUUAAAGCCAACUCCCUGCCAGCCGACCUCCUUUCGAUCCCUGACGACGUCCUCCUCCACCUCAUCACUUCAUACACGCACGAAGCUGGUGUACGGACGCUCGAACGCGAAAUCGGGGCUGUCUGCCGUGCCAAGGCCGUAGAAUACACCAAGGCUCGCGAUGAGGCCGAGGCGGCCAAGGAUCCUCGUGGUCGCUUAGGAGCCGAUGUCACCAAGUAUGGCUACCGUGUCGACUUGACCAAGGAGGACAUCGGCGAUAUCCUCGGACAGAGUCGCCAUGACGCCGAAGAGAUGGAUCGCGAGAACAUGAUUGGCGUUUCGACAGGAUUGGCAUACCGAGGCUCAGGCAAUGGUGGCGUUUUGCACAUCGAGACGACCUCGAUGCCUGGUCAUGGCAACUUCAAACUCACUGGCCAACUAGGAGAUGUCAUCACCGAGUCUGCUGGGCUGGCUUUAGCAUGGACCAAAUCGCAUGCCCACCAAUUGGGGAUUGCCACCAGCCGAACUGAGGACGCGUUUAAGGAUCUGGAUAUUCAUCUACAUCUCCCUUCGGGUUCGAUCAAGAAGGAUGGGCCUUCGGCGGGCGUGGCGAUGGUAGUGGCGAUUGUUUCGCUGAUGAGGGAGAUUAGGAUGAUUAAAGGGGUUGCGAUGACGGGAGAGAUCACUUUGCGUGGGAAUGGUAGGUCUUCCCAAGUGCAUUUCCACUGCCUUGUAUUGACUAGCUUUGGCUACGUGAACGUCCACAGUAACCUCAGUAGGCGGCAUCCGCGAAAAGGUCCUCGGUGCCCAUCGAGCAGGUAUCCGAACCCUCAUCCUCCCUUUCAAGAACCGCCGCGACGUGAAGGACGACCUACCCCUCGAGAUCCAGAAUGACAUCGAGUUCAUCUUUGUUCGAAACAUCUUUGAGGCUUUGGAAGCGGCGUUUGGGAAGGAAGCGUUGUGGAGGGGAAGAGAAGGGGAUCGGAUUAGGGAUAUGGUCUUCUCGGAGAUGGCCAGUAGGCUGUAG